UUGAUUGGUAAUCGAUACUUAUGGCGGCAUUAGAACCACGAUUCUGUAAAUAAACAAUUAAACCAUAAAAAACAAUGGCUAGCGAAGACAUCUUUCAGAAUGAAUGCUCCGAAGAGCCGGAGCUAGAAGUUGAGCAGAGAAUGGAAACAGAGGAUGCAGCCGAAUCAGAGGAUGAAGCAGAGGCUGCGGAUACAACAGAAGAGACGACCCCAGCAGCCGACGCUGCGACCGAGAAGUCCGUGGGCAGCAGGUCAGCCGCCGAUCACGAGCGUGCGGCAAAGCUAACCCAGCUGCCCCUGGGACGCGUGAAGUCCAUAAUGAAGCUGGACCCAGACCUGCACUUGGCCACGCAAGAAGCUGUGUUUACUGUGACCAAAGCAGUGGAAUUGUUUAUUGCCUCGUUGGCCCGGGAGUCCUACAAGUUCACGGCACAGUUUAAAAAGAAAACGGUUCAAAAGAAAGACGUGGAUAUGGCCAUAUCGGUGGUUGACUGCCUCUUGUUCCUCGAUGGCGCCCUGAAGUGAACAGCCCUUGGACUUGGGCUGCAGUGGAUUAAACAUAAUCUUGAAGAUGUGAAAUAAAUAUUAUAUUCUCCCACCCAUAGAGGAAAACAAGCGAUAAUGUA